GGGAAGAGUAGGAGGGGUGCUGCGGGCUCCUGGGGGUCGUAGCUUUGCUCAGGAUUGGGGCCAGUUAGGCAGCUGCUGGGAGGAGUGGCGGUGCUGGGAGGGCACCGUUGCUGUCCGAGGACCCUGGAACAGCCCGAGAGACCCUGGAACAGCCACCCCACGGACAGUAGGGGUCUGGGAGGGUUUUCAAACAAGACGGGAAAGAGCAAGGAAGAUUUGAGAGCGUGGAAAAACUAGGUGCCGCGGGUACUGAAGUUGUUACGGGCUGAGGGUGUUUGGCGUUGAGCAUCUGAGAGGGGCUAAUGCACGAGGAAUGGUAAAAUGCUGUGACUGAACGCGAGGUUCCUCCCCGGCCUGGGCCCGUGUGUGCACCCUCGCUCCCACAGACACCCCGGAGCUGUAGGGAAACGGGUGAGCAGGCCCACGAGCGGACUUUGGGCACAGCGGUGCGCAGAGAGCGCUGCGGGCUCAGCCGGUGGGGUGGAGUCGGAGCAUGGCGAGCCAGGCUGUCGGGAUCCAUCCGGUUCCGCUCCCUGCCCCUCUGUCCAGCGCUCCAUCCUUCUCUUUCUUUCCCCGUGGCUCUGUCCAGUGCCCCAUCCCUUUGUUUAGCUACUCGUUCCUCUGCCCAGCUCCCCCAUCCCUCUUGUACUCUUUCCAUCUCUGUGACAAUAUCUGCGUCCAUCUAACUGGCUCUCUAUCGCUCUAUCCAGCUCUUCAUCGUCCUCUUCCUCUUCCUAUCCCAGUACCUGCCCGCUGUCCUUCCGUGCGGCUCCCCAUCCGUCUGCUGCUCUCGUCUGCCUUUCUGCCUGUACUUCUCUUUGCCUUCCCAGCCCUCUGUCCACCCCUCCAGCCAUCUCUCUCUAUUUCCAUCCCUCUGCUCAGCUCCUCAUCCAUCUAUUUGCCUCCCUAUCCCUCUUUUCCCCUGUUUUGUCCCAUCUCUCUGUCUGAAUUGCCCUCCCUCUUUUUCUCUCUCCACCUUUCUGGCCAGCUCUUCGUCGUUCUCGUCCUCUUCCCAUCGCUCCUACUGGCUCCCUGUCCCUCUCUUCCCGUCCCCGUUCCUCUCUCCGGUUCUCCCCCCUUCUCUGUUGCUCCCUCGCUGUUCCUCUGGCCGUCUCGCCUUCCCCAUUUUUCUCUCUUCUGCUCCCCGGUCCUCUGUGCAGCCCUCCCUCCAUCUGUGUGGCCCUCUGUCCCUCUCUUUCUCUUCCUUUGUCCAGUGCCCAGACCCUGGGGCUGGCUCUCUGUCCCUCUCUUUCUUUCUCCCUCCAUCCAUCUGCCAAGCUCUCUGCCCCUCUUUUCUUUUGUUCUCCCCCCGUCCCCGCGUCCAGGUGGAGGUCUGUCGUUCCUUUGCGUUUUGUCUGGUGCGGCAGGUGGCGAGAGGUGGUCGGCGCUCGGCAGAGAUGGUGAUCGGCAGCGCCCGGAGGGUGCCGUCGGUCGGUCUGGUUCGGGUCACGUCAGACACCUCCGCGGGGACUCUGCCCGCGGAGGCGCGGGGCUGUGGCUGUGCAGCAGGGGAGCACUAGCGGGCUAGAGAUGCCGUGGGGUACGCGGCAGGCAGCGAAGAGGCUCCUGGGGAAGGUGUCACGGAGGCAGAGAGCAGCAGAGGCUCCGAGACCUUGGGCGUUAGGACAGGCGCUCGCGGUAGGGCGGUCUGGAGCUGCUGCUGCUGUCUGUCCUACUCGUCAGCGCGGUCUGCAGUUACUGCCUCUUGUCUGCCUGCGCGCAGCCAGGGCUGUCACGUGGUGCAGCUUGAGUUGUGAUUGCGAUGCUGGCAUUGAGCCCACUUUUCUGUCAGGUCUGCCUUUAUGCAAAGUGGUGUCUUCCCUAUGUCUACAGCUCAACCCAUGUUGUUGAUUUAGUGCUUCCUGAGGGGAUAUGCUGUGCUGUCAACACGCACACCCACCCCACCCCUGCCAUCGCUUCCUGAUGAAUGCAAUCAUUUACGUAGCUUCUGGCUUGUUUCUUUCCUUGGAACUCCUUUCUCUUUGCUGUUCUGGUCCCUCCAAACAAUUUCUGUUUCUAGCAUUAUUAGUGUUGGGCCCUAAACCUUCUAGACCUUCCUUCUUUGAAGUCCAGAGGUUCCAGUAUUGUUUGUACUUUGAGAGUAAAGGUCCUUCACAACUCAUGUCUUAAGUAUGCAACUGCCUUACCUGGGAUUUUCGUUUUCGCAAGUUACUGUUUCUUUCAGGAGCCAGCUACAACAGUAACUUUGCUAUAGCAGAGAAAUGGGGUUACAUGUGUAUGAGCAACAGCACCGUAGUACACAGCAAAGCCAUAAUCUACAGUACUGGUAGCACAAGUCAGUUUCCCAUCAGCUCCAUCUCUCCAGGGUUUGGAGGUUUUGGAGGCCUUACUUUUUAUCCUGCCUUGGCUGGACGGUGCUUUCUGAGAGUGUCCAUCAGAGGCAGAGUUUCCCUGCGGAGGACCAUCUAGCAAAGGCUGGAGGCGACCGGGUGCCUGAGCGAGCCUGCCUGUCCGUGAGAGCUGCUGUGACAUCUUUGUGAUGAAAUGGAGCCAGAGAGGGUGACUGAAGCAGCACGGAGGGUGCCGAAGCCCAGUCGGGCAGUCGAAGGAGCCUUGUCACAGCUGGGAGCUCUGUGGAGAUGCGCGGCUGGCCAUGGAGAGUGAGCUCUGACUUGCAGCGUGGACACAGCUAAGUCCUGGGCUGCAUCAUAUGUGAGCAGUGCUGGGAGGUGCGAGGUGAUUGUUCCCUAGGUGGUCACUGGUGUCACUGGCUGUGGAUGUUUGCCCAUGGAGCUGAGAGGACCAAAAAUAUUAAUUGUCUGACCCGGAGAUGAAUUAGUGCUUGCAGUGCUUCAGGUAGGUUCAGUGCAAGUGCAGCCUAGUGCAGUCCUGUGGAGUGAUUCUUGCACAUGCUCACAUUUGAAUGGUGGCUAAAACCAAGCCUCUAAACAGCAGCUGUAACGUGAUUCUGGUGCAUGUCUUCCCGUUCUGCUGUGCUUCUAGAGGAAGGGAAAACUUCUUAAGCUGUGGGCAAAACUCCUUGCCUUCUCUUUACUGUUUUCAUGCAUAUGGGUGCUUUGGUGUUUGUUGCUUAAAGCUGAGGGUUUGGAAUUUUUCACUUAAGGUUUAUUGUUUAGUUUGUUGUUGAGGGUCUCUCACUCCGGAGUUACAGUUUAUUCCUUUCUUUUGUGGGGCUCAGUCUUUAUCAGUCAGGGUUUACAGUUUGCUCGUUUAGUGAUCAGGGCGCAGAAUUUAAAAUCCAACCUUAGCCAUAAAUUUUAAAGUCUCGGCAACUAUUAGGGUUCCAAGACCUGCAGUUAGUGUUCAGGGCUUAUGACUUACUGAUAAAGGAAAAGGGCUAAAUCCUUAGAUAAACUGUAAGCCCUGAAGCCUAAGCAGCAGGCUGCAAACCCUUCUCUGGGCUUUGUAACCUUCCCCUGUACCCAGCGUUCAGCUCUGCACACCGACCUGCGCUCUGGAUUUGAUAUGGCGCAGGCCCAUCACACGGAGACUAGCAAUGUGACGGGUGAGCUGAGAGCUGUGGAAGUGUCUUGCAGGGCUCUAGCCUGGGGUAGGGCAGAAGUGCAGACAGGCAAGAUCAGGCAUUUUCCUCUCAUCUCUGAGAUGAAUCCUAUCCCUGAAGGAAAAAGCAGAGGAGUAGGCUGUCAGCUACUCGGACACCUGCCACAUCAAGGGCAGCAGCAGGAGAUGACCCUUCCCUGAUGGAUGGAUGGACGCUGGUGUAGUGAUGACUCUUCAGGCAUCACAGGUAAGGGGAAGCAUGCUGACACUGAGCUCCAUGGCAGACUUGCUUCCAGCUAUUGUUUCUGCGCAGUAAAACAAUAAACAGUUGCUUUAUUCUUUGCA